UAUCAGCGGCUGCCAGGCUGCACUAUCGGCCUCGGCGGCCGGCCGCGCCGUGCAGCGCUCUGCCAGUCCACUCUGGCGGCAGCGCAGCGGCAGACUUCUCCCGCACCUUGGUUAGAACUGCGGCGCUGCGAGUGCAGCGCAGACAAAUUUUCAAACAGCAGCUCUGAGGCGGACGGUAGCUGAGGUGCGAGAAAGCUGCAGUAGUGGUGAGGUGACGUGUCGUGUGAGCUGCAGUGAGACGCUCUGAGGAGACGCUAGACGAAGUCUGAGCUUCGACUGCCGUACUCGCGACCAGGCGCCUACAUCGGAAGCUGUGGGCUAUCCUCGAUGACCUGUCACCCGGAUCACAAUGGUCAGAUAAAGCCGCUUACCAAACACAGCUGCUAUUUUAUCACAGUGAGCUGACUGCGAUGGGAGUGUUAUAGACAGACGAGGCCGCCGACCAGGCGCACUGAUGGCAGCUCCGUCGAUCGGUAUCGACCUGGGCACGACCUACUCGUGUGUGGCAGUGCUGGAGCACGGCAAGGUGGAGAUUAUCGCCAACGACCAGGGCCACCGGACCACGCCCAGCUGGGUGGCCUUCACCGACACGGAGCGGCUCGUCGGACAGGUGGCCAAGCAGCAGGCCGUCCGCAACCCGCACAACACCGUGUUCGACGCCAAGCGACUGAUCGGGCGCCAGUUCACUGACCCUGCCGUGCAGCAGGACGUCAAGCUGUGGCCAUUCACUGUGGUGGACAGCAGCAAGGGGCCGCUCAUCAGCGUCGAGUACAAGGGCGAGCGGCGGCAGUUCACGCCCGAGGAGAUCAGUGCCAUGGUGCUCGCCAAGAUGAAGAGCACAGCGGAAGCGUACCUGGGCCAGACGGUCACCGACGUCGUGGUCACGGUGCCGGCCUACUUCAGCCACCACCAGCGAGCGGCCACCAUAGACGCCGGCAGAAUCGCCGGCCUCAAGGUCAGGGGCAUCAUCAACGAGCCGACGGCGGCCGCGCUGGCCUACGGCGUCAACAAGAGACGCGGCAACAUGAGCCGGGUGCUUGUCUUUGACCUCGGCGGAGGCACGUUCGAUGUGUCCGUGUUGAAGAUUGCAGAUGGAAAUGCGUUCCACGUUCUGGCCACUUCCGGUGACACGCAUCUCGGUGGCCAAGACUUUGACAAUAGAAUGGUGCAACAUUUCGUAGACGAGUUUAAACGAAAGCACAAAAUAGACAUAUCAAAAAGUACCAAGGCGAUGCAGAAGCUGAGAGUAGCGUGUGAGCAAGCGAAGCACACACUGUCAUCAGCAACCCAAGCCGAAAUAGAAAUAGACUCACUCUACCAGGGCAUGUAUUUCAACAGUAAAAUAUCCAGGGCUCGUUUCGAGCAGAUGUGCAUGGACCUGUUUCGUCGAACGCUGGACUCCGUGGAGAAGGCCCUGCACGACGCCCACCUGGAUAAAUCUCGCAUCGACGACGUUGUGCUCGUUGGAGGCUCAACACGCAUCCCGAAGGUGCAGAAAAUGCUACAGAACUUCUUCGACGGCAAGAAGCUUAACAUGAACAUCAACCCUGACGAGGCGGUGGCAUACGGCGCCGCCAUCCAGGCGGCUGUUCUCGAAGACGAUCCCAGCAGCUCCGUGCGCGACGUGCUUCUCCGUGACGUCAUUCCACUCUCUGUGGGCGUCGAGGUGGGCGGCCUGUCGAUGAGCAAGCUGAUCGAGCGCAACACCACGAUCCCGACGCGGCGCUCAGAGACGUUCUCUUUGGGCCGCGACAACCAGGACGGCGCCACGGUGCGCGUGCUCGAGGGCGAGCGGGUGCUGACCAGUGACAACUGCAUCAUCGGCGAGUUCACGCUGAACGGCCUGGCGGCGCGGCGGCGCGACCACCCCGGCAUUAGGGUCACGUUCGACUUUGACGCCGACGGCAUACUGCACGUGAGCGCGUCCGACGUGCAGAGCGGCCGCUCAAUGGAGAUCGCCAUCACGGAGAGGAGCGGCCGACUGAGCAGCGCCGACAUCGACAGGAUGGUGCGCGAGGCCGAACAGUUCCGCGCCGAGGACGACGCGCUGCGAGAACGGAUCGAUGUCAAAAACCAGCUGGAGGCGUUCGUCGUGAAGGCCCGGUACGCAAUGGAAGACGCCGUGGCUCCGAUCUCCGAGGAUGACCGGAGGCUGAUGUUCGACACAUACAGCGAGACCAUGGACUGGCUGGACAAGAACUCGCUGGCGGAAAAGGAAGAGCUGGUGUACCGUCUGCAGGACCUCAGGCAGCGACUGUCUCCGGCGCUGGAGCGAAUAACGCGCAUGCCGCCGCGUCCGGGCACCGACCAGCAGCAGGCGGCCGGGCCCGACCCGGGCGCUGGCCCGCAGAGGGUCCGGAGAACGGGCCGGCCCGACGACAGUGACAGUGCAGACGAGCUCCUGUCUGUGGGAGGCGCCGGGAGCCUGGACGGUGGCGGGUCGGGCCGGCGCCGGCACCGUGGCUCACUCAGCCAUGCGGCUCGGCGGAAACCGGGCGCCGCGGAGGGGGCGCCACGCCGCCGAGACCAUUGACUGACACCGACACCGGGCAGCGCGCCCUCGCAGCCGAACAAACGCCUCUCCGACCAAACCAGCUAUCCAAAAUGAGUCUGUCGCGUAAAUGUAAAAUCAAAUACAGGGAUGUCCACAAAA